AUGGCGGCUUCUAGCAUCCGCUUCGGACCCGGUUGCACCAAGGAGGUGGGCAUGGACUUCAAGAACAUGGGUUCGAACAGGGUUUGCGUGGUCACAGAUCAGAAUGUGGCAAAACUAGACGCAAUGAAGCAAGUAGAACAAGCUUUGGGAAGCGAGGGUGUGGAAUAUACCGUGUAUCAGAGGACAAUGGUCGAGCCAAAGGAUUACUCUAUUCGUGAAGCAAUCGACUUCUCUAAAGCAUACGCUCCGGACGCCUUCCUCGCCGUAGGUGGAGGCAGCGUAAUCGACACUGCCAAACUCAUGAACCUGUACACCAAUUACCCAUCCGCCUCCUUUCUCGACUUCGUCAACGCACCUCUAGGCCUCGGCAAACCAAUCGACAAGAAGCUCUCCCCUCUCAUCGCCGUCCCGACCACCGCCGGCACCGGCUCCGAAACCACUGGCACCGCCAUCUUCGACCUCGUCUCCAAGAAAGCAAAAACCGGCAUCGCGCACCGAGCCCUCAAGCCCACCCUCGGUAUCUGCGACCCCUACAACACGCGAACUAUGCCGUCCGCUGUGCACGCCUCUUCAGGUCUUGACGUCCUCUGCCACGCGCUAGAAUCAUGGACCGCGAUCCCCUACCAGCAGCGCGUACCGCGUCCUCCGAAUCCCAUAAAUCGCCCCGCGUAUCAGGGUGCGAAUCCUAUAUCCGACAUCUUCUCCCUUCAGGCUUUGAAGCAGACAAUCAAGUACCUCCCGCGUGCAGCGAAGGAUCCGGAUGACUUCGAGGCGCAGUCGGAAAUGCUCCUUGCUGCCACCUUGGCGGGCGUAGGUUUUGGAAAUGCAGGCGUGCAUUUGUGCCAUGGGAUGUCGUACCCGAUUUCCUCGCAGAAUCCGGCUAAGUAUAAACACUAUGGCUACCAGUCUUCUGAUCCUAUUAUUCCGCAUGGUGUUUCUGUCGCAGUGACCGCGCCUGCUGUCUUCAAGUUCACGGCGCCCUCGAAUCCAGAGCGCCAUCUUGUCGCAGCAGAGGCAUUUGGAGUGGACACUACGAGUGUGAAGAGGGGAAGUGAGGGUGAGGUAUUAGCGGAGGCGUUGGCGAGGUUUCUGAGCGAGUUGGGUGAUCAGCCCAGGGGGCUAAAGGGACUCGGAUUUCAGGGAAAGGAUGUAGAAGAGCUUGUGGAGGGAACGAUCCCGCAGAAACGGGUUUUGAUGUUGGCGCCGGGGUUGAGUCUGGACGUGGAACGGGAGCGGGAGCAGUUGGGAGACUUGUUUGAGGAUGCGAUGGAUUACUAG